CUCGUCUGUACUUUUCAGCUGAACUUAUUCCGUCUGCAGAGGAACUACAUGCAAACAAGCGAACGACUUUCUGUUAUUUUCAUUUGAAAAAACAAAAACACAACCAAAACAAACCCUUCAACUUUAAACGCAAACAAAACCAGAAAAAAAAAAAUACGAUGUCGCAUUUUAUAUCAUGACGUUAUUAUUAUUAAUAUUAUUAUUAUUAUUAUUAUUAUUCGUAAAGCAGCCGUGACGGGAUCAGGACUCUUCGAUCAGCGACGGUUCAAACUCUACGGCGAUUUCUCAUCCAUACUACAGCGAGGACACAUUUUUUUUUCUGGAGCAGCAGAGUUGCAUUAGCCAGUAGGAGUGUGGGCGUGACUCUGAUGUCACCCGGUGGCGUUGCCCUGGUAACCCCCGCGGCAGCACCGACACUGCAGCUCAACCAAUCUAAACCCGCGAAUGCCAAGCCCGCACCGGAGGGUGGGGCCUGCUUCAGUCACGCGUGAUUGGCUGCUGGAUGGAAUUGAGGUGAAUGGAACACAUGCCCAAAGAGCCGGAUCCUAACCAAUCAGAGGGAGAAGAGAAAAGGUGUCUUGAUGCUCCGAAGAGGAAACGGAGGACCAGCCAAUGCUCUGUGAGGGGCAUGUCUGCGCUGAGCCUCUCUGUUUCAGGGUACAUCCCCAGCUACCUGGAGAAGGACGAGCCGUGCGUGGUGUGCAGAGACAAAGCCACGGGAUACCACUACCGCUGCAUCACCUGCGAGGGCUGCAAGGGUUUUUUCCGGCGCACGAUCCAGAAGAACCUGCACCCCACCUACUCCUGCAAGUACGAUGGCGGCUGCAUCAUCGACAAGAUCACGCGCAACCAGUGCCAGCUGUGCCGCUUCAAGAAGUGUAUCGCUGUGGGCAUGGCCAUGGACUUGGUGCUGGACGACUCGAAGCGCGUGGCGAAGCGGCAUCUCAUCGAGGAGAAUCGCGAGCGCAGGAGGAAGGAGGAGACGCUGCGGACGCUGCAGGACCGGCCCGAGCCCACGGCCCUGGAGUGGGAGCUGAUCGCCAUUGUGACCGAGGCUCACCAGCACACCAACGCACAGGGAUCCCACUGGAAACAGAAGCGCAAGUUCCUGCCCGAGGAUAUCGGUCAGUCCCCGGUCACUGCUACGUCAGACGGAGACAAGGUUGACCUGGAGGCCUUCAGCGAGUUCACCAAGAUAAUCACCCCGGCCAUCACCCGCGUCGUCAACUUCGCCAAAAAACUGCCCAUGUUCUCCGAGCUGCCUUGUGAAGACCAGAUCAUCCUGCUGAAGGGCUGCUGCAUGGAGAUCAUGUCGCUGCGGGCGGCCGUGCGCUACGACCCGGACAGCGAGACCCUCACGCUCAGCGGGGAGAUGGCCGUGAAGCGCGAGCAGCUCAAGAACGGGGGGCUGGGGGUCAUCUCGGACGCCAUCUUUGAUCUGGGCAAGAGCCUGGCACAGUUCAGCCUGGAUGACACGGAGGUGGCCCUGCUGCAGGCCGUACUGCUCAUGAGCUCAGACCGGUCGGGGCUGCUCUGCGUGGAUAAGAUAGAGAAGUGCCAGGAGAGGUACCUGCUGGCAUUCGAACACUACAUCAACUACCGCAAGCACAGCCUCCCCCACUUCUGGCCCAAGCUGCUGAUGAAGGUGACAGACCUCCGCAUGAUCGGGGCGUGUCACGCCAGCCGCUUCCUGCACAUGAAGGUGGAGUGUCCCACGGAACUGUUCCCCCCGCUCUUCCUGGAGGUGUUUGAGGACCAGGACGUCUAGGGAGCUGGGGCAGGGGGAGGGCGCACUGUCCGCCAUGCAGUUUUUCUCUAGAUGUUAGAACGAGAGAGAGAUACAAGCCACAGGUGUUCUGCACUAACCGUGGGCUCGUGGCUUUUCACAAAGGAAAUCUCGUCUAGGAUGAAUCAAGGGAAUGCGCACAGAAUAUUAAAAAGCGCCUUCACCAUCCUAGCAUUGAAGUGUCCCGGCUCUCAGGUCCCACCAGUGCUGAAUUCUGCACUAAUACUGAAUUUCUCUAACCCCUGACCUCUUCGGACCGGAGUGCUUCUGUUCUACGGUUCGAUGGAUUUUUUUCGUAUUUUUUCAUUGGAUUACAGUUUCACAUCACUGAACCAGGAGAGGAAUCCUGAAUAAACCAAGCUACCUUAAGCUGAGGAGGGAACAUGGAACUGCUUUUCCAGGAGCUGUGGCUUGAAACCUGGUUCCAGGAGACCACGGGAGAUCACGGGAGACCAUUGGAGACCACGGGGAGACCUAGUUUGAGGUUGCUGUAUCAAACCCCCCAAGUCUCCCCUGGUGUGCCUUGUAGUGACCUGAAACCUAGUCCCCUGAAACCAAGCUCCAAGCCAGCUUUAGAAGAAUCUGCACCAUUUACAAUCCCAGCCGUUGCUCCGUACUGAAACCCCUGUCUGUUGUCUCCGACGUUACCUGGCCUGUCUAAACCUGGGAGCGCGUCCCCUCCUACCUCUUCAGACACUCAAGAUGCGAUCGGCCUUCGUUGUUUUUUUGGGGGGGUUUAAGAUGAAAGAGAAAGAGACUGCAUGCAUUGGUGCAGGUGCAGAAAUCGAGGGCAGGGCAGGGCAGGGAGACUCGAGGUGCAGUUUUCUGUGCCCUUGUGAGCUGUCUGUCUGCACUUAGAACAACCCCCACGACUUUUAAGGGAUUUGCAAAGCUGCUUUUUGGUUUACAUUUAGAUGAGAUCACUUGGUCUUAGUGUUCACCUCCAGAUUGCAUUGAUAAAAGCGUCCAGGUUUUUUUUUGUAUUCAUUUUUUUGGAAAUCCUGAGGCAUUACAAAGUAGUCGACCAGGAUUUCUUUUAUAUAAAUAUAUAUAUAUAUAUAUAAACACACACAACCAGAACAACCUAAUGGAAACAAAACUGAAAACGUUUACGCUGACUAAGUCACACAAAUCACAUACCUCACGCAACACAAAACUACGGGCUUUAUUUUGUAUUUGUUUUUAUUAUUGGCAAUAACCAAAGAUGUACAGAGAAGGAAAUCGUACACACGCCUCUGGGGUAAUACAAUCUGUUUUGACUUCUGUAUGGAAGCGUACGCACCCUGCUGUAACCACUGUGAGAGGCUGCGGCCGCUGUGAAACACAGCAUGCAGAGUGGAGGCUGGCUUAACUGAGGGACUGGAAAGGGAGGAGCCUGGAGAGGGUCCCGGGGGGGCGGGGGGGGAGGGGGUCUCUGAUCUAGUCUUGGUUGCUAUUUGCUUUGCUGUGUUUUUUGUGCAAGGUCUUCAGUCUCUUACAGUGGCAAUUCCUAACAGAAAACCUCUUCGAGGGGGGGGGGGCAUCACAUGGCAAAAAAGAUUAUUUAUUUUGCUUAAGAAAUAAAGUUUUUUUUUUUUUUUUUUUUGACGUUACAGUAGGAUGCAGUUUUCCUUCCCUGUCUCAUUCAUUGUUAAAUACGAUUACCUCAAUGUUGUUUGGUUUGGAUGGGACAUUGUAACCGGGGGGGGGAGGGCGGGGGGGACUCAAAGCAAUUGCCUCCCCUCCCCCAGUGGCAACAGCAGCAGACUGAGAUGUGGUCUCCACGCUGGUAGGGGUAGGGGUAGGGGGAGAGUCCUUGACAAUGAUUUUUGAUGCCAAAUGUAAUGUUUCUAAACGAUAUGAAAACCACGUGGUUUGUUGCAUCACACUACACAGUCUACCACGGUGGCUGCACUGCAUGCUGACGUGGCUGCAUCUCCUGGACAAUAACCCGAUCCAAGCCAACUAGAAAAAAAAAAGAAUGUACAAAAUAUAUAUAUUUAUAUAAAUGCAAUUGAAAAAGACCUGUGUGUGUUUAUGUGUGUGUGUGUGUGUGUAGGUGUACACGCUCAUGCACACAUUGUACACCUACACUCCCUCACUCACUCGCUCAGUCUCUCCCUCACUCACUCCCUCACUUGCUCACUCCCUCACUCGCUCACUCAGUCUCUCCCUCACUCCCUCACUUGCUCACUCCCUCCCUCACUCACUCACUCAGUCUCUCCAUCACUCGCUCAGUCUCUCCCUCACUCACUCCCUCACUUGCUCACUCCCUCACUCGCUCACUCAGUCUCUCCCUCACUCACUCCCUCACUCAGUCUCUCCCUCACUCACUCCCUCACUUGCUCACUCCCUCACUCGCUCACUCAGUCUCUCCCUCACUCACUCCCUCACUCAGUCUCUCCCUCACUCACUCCCUCACUCAGUCUCUCCCUCACUUGCUCACUCCCUCACUCGCUCACUCAGUCUCUCCCUCACUCACUCGCUCAGUCUCUCCCUCCCUCACUCACUCCCUCACUGUAUGAAGAAACAGAGGAUUGUAAAGCGAGCUCGUGAGGCCGGGUUGGGAGUGCUCAUGGGGCGUGUGCUUGUGUGUGUGUGUGUUUAAUUCUCCUCCAUGCUCAGUCCGGUCUCAGCCCUGGGAAAUGCAGGCACCACACUGGGCUGCAGCGACUUCUGAUCCACAGUCAGUCAGUGUAUUUAUUUAUUAAAUGCUCUGGCACACAUCAACACAGUAUGGUAUGUAAUUUGGUGUGAAUGGCAUUAUUGGUGUCUCUAAAUUAUAUUAAGAAGCUAAAGAAAUGCUGUACUCUGUUGUAUAUCUCAGUUCAGCUGCAUGCAUGGAGGCUGUGUUUCUUCAGAACGCUGAGUGGUGAUUAUGACAUCACAAUCGUAACCAUUAUUACACCAAAUAUAUAUCGCCACACGUAUUUGUAUGAAUCUAAAAUACAUAUUUUAAAACAAGAAAAUGAAUGAAUUAAAACAACAUGCAGAUGCAAAGAACUGAUCGAACAGCCAACCAGGGCGUGAACUGAAUUAAACACACACACGCACUCGCGCUGCUGGAGGGGAAAAGAAAACGGGAGAAUGAAUAUCUCACGUGAAUUAAAAAAAAAAAAAAAAAAAGCAUUGAAAAGUGACGUAGGUGAUGCGUUGUGUUUUCCAUGCUCCUGGUCUCGCUCCGUAAUGGAAGACGUUCUUGGUGUUUUGUAUCGUCUGCUCUCUUCUGAACGUCGUGCGGGGGGCGUGGCACCGCCUGUGACGGCGUUUCAUUUCACUUUUAUUUAUUUAUUACGUUGUGGAAGGGAGGCCCACAUUCCUUUGCAGUUCAGUGUUUACAUGAUAGGGCAGCUGAAACUACACGGAGACCCUGAGAGACCCCCACACACUGACACACCGAGACCCUGAGAGACCCCCACACACUGACACACCGAGACCCUGAGAGAACCCCACACAUUGAAACACCGAGACCCUGAGAGACCCCCACACACUGACACACCGAGACCCUGAGAGAACCCCACACACUGACACACCGAGACCCUGAGAGACCCCCACACACUGACACACCGAGACCCUGAGAGACCCCCACACACUGACACACCGAGACCCUGAGAGACCCCCACACACUGACACACCGAGACCCCGAGAGACCCCCACACACUGACACACCGAGACCCUGAGAGACCCCCACACACUGACACACCGAGACCCUGAGAGACCCCCACACACUGACACACCGAGACCCCCACACACUGACACACCAAGACCCUGAGAGACCCCCACACACUGACACACCGAGACCCCCACACACUGACACACCGAGACCCUGAGAGACCCCCACACACUGACACACCGAGACCCUGAGAGACCCCCACACACUGACACACGAGACCCUGAGAGACCCCCACACACUGACACACCGAGACCCCCACACACUGACACACCGAGACCCUGAGAGACCCCCACACAUUGAAACACCGAGACCCUGAGAGACCCCCACACACUGACACACCGAGACCCUGAGAGAACCCCACACACUGACACACCGAGACCCUGAGAGACCCCCACACACCGAGACCCCGAGAGACCCCCACACACUGACACACCGAGACCCUGAGAGACCCCCACACACUGACACACCGAGACCCCCACACACUGACACACCGAGACCCCGAGAGACCCCCACACACUGACACACCGAGACCCUGAGAGACCCCCACACACUGACACACCGAGACCCCGAGAGACCCCCACACACUGACACACCGAGACCCUGAGAGACCCCCACACACUGACACACCGAGACCCUGAGAGACCCCACACACUGACACACCGAGACCCUGAGAGACCCCCACACACUGACACACCGAGACCCCCACACACUGACACACCGAGACCCCGAGAGACCCCCACACACUGACACACCGAGACCCUGAGAGACCCCCACACACUGACACACCGAGACCCCGAGAGACCCCCACACACUGACACACCGAGACCCUGAGAGACCCCCACACACUGACACACCGAGACCCUGAGAGACCCCACACACUGACACACCGAGACCCUGAGAGACCCCCACACACUGACACACCGAGACCCUGAGAGACCCCCACACACUGACACACCGAGACCCUGAGAGACCCCCACACACUGACACACCGAGACCCCGAGAGACCCCCACACACUGACACACCGAGACCCUGAGAGACCCCCACACACUGACACACCGAGACCCCGAGAGACCCCCACACACUGACACACCGAGACCCCCACACACUGACACACCAAGACCCUGAGAGACCCCCACACACUGACACACCGAGACCCCCACACACUGACACACCAAGACCCUGAGAGACCCCCACACACUGACACACCGAGACCCUGAGAGACCCCCACACACUGACACACCGAGACCCCCACACACUGACACACCGAGACCCUGAGAGACCCCCACACACUGACACACCGAGACCCCCACACACUGACACACCGAGACCCUGAGAGACCCCCACACACUGACACACCGAGACCCUGAGAGACCCCCACACACUGACACACCGAGACCCUGAGAGA